ACAACUACCUACUUACUCAUUCUGACCUCAUCAAAUCUCAUAUCGUUACAUCCAACCAUCCAACCAUCCAACCAUCCAACCAUCCAACCAUCCAUCCAUCCAUCCAUCCAUCUCAGUCAUCAUCCAUCCAUCGAUUACUUUACAUCACCUACCAACGUUUCCAAGUUCCCAAGGCUUAUUUCUCCAGACCCCGAAUUACUCCGGAUUAUAUUUAUAUAUAAGCGGAGUUUCGAGACUUUGACCGAAUCUUCUUGGACCUUUGAGCCAAAAAAUCCGGGGCUGAGUAAACUACCGAGUGGGCGAUUCAUUUUUACGCUUUGCCAUUCAUCCAUUAUUCGCAGAUCGACACGAAGGUUUUUCUGCAGGGCUGACGCAAGACUUAUCGUUACACUUUCCAAAACACACUACACCACCACGCUGUAACGCGAAACCGAGAUCCCUUUGGUGCAUAUUACGAACCGGUGAUUCAUUCACUGCUUAGGCUUCCAAACUGACUCGGUCUGGGGCUUUCUGAUCUGAGUAAUAUUUCCGUGUGGAGUAGCUUGGUCAUUAAUACUUAUAUCUGGAGUCGACCCCGGAUUUUUGAAUCAAUCAAACUUGGAGUUAUCUACUUACAUCGAUAUAACUUAUAUCUCUUCGAACACACACACAACACACAUACAAACAAUCAAAAUGUAUUUCUCUUACACACCAUCACCACCCUCAACAAGCUAUAGCACCUCCUCCGCAAUGGAGAUCCCAUCCUCCUCUAGCUCACGUCCACAAUCUCCAUCAUGUGCCUUUCCUUCUUGGCCACGUCGAUCAUCCAUGAACUCUACCAACUCCAUCGAUGCUCAAACUCAAAACUAUUCCUAUACCUCCUCUGCCUUUUCCGACGAAGAACUCUCUUGUGGUCUUUAUCCUUCCGUCUUUGAAGAAGAAGAUUGUUCACCACUCGCCACGCCAAACAUCCGUUCACCAUCUGGAUCCAUGUGUGAACCACAAUAUGUCGUUGUCGAUAACGCAGCACUCAUGAGAGAGUUGAUUGCGCAACACGCAGCUGAGAAGGCAAAGAAGAAGGAAAAGGCCGCAGCGGAAAAGAGCAAGAAGAGACAUGGAUCUAGCUCAAGAAAAUCGAGACAUAGCUCUGGUGCAAACUCAAGUAAACACAUGACACCCAUUGCCGAGGUUGGUGAAUGAAGUGUCUGAUUGAAAGGUGUUGGUUGUUAGGAUAGGAUCUUUUGGUAAGUUUUACUUCUUUGUUACUUCGCGAUGAGUUUAGUUUCGGUAACUAACUUGAUUAGAUCAUAGUAUAUUAUACCCCAAUAGAUAGAUACCAUAGAUAGAUAUCAUCGUUUUCAACAGGCGACUUCGAAACGAAAUGAAAGGAAAAUAGAAGGAACAUAGAGGCAACUCGAGUCAUCCAUCACACCAAGCAGCAAUUUGCGCACGUCGCUUAUCUAGAAGAAUAUCUCAUUUGUCGAAAUGAUCGAUAUUCGGAUAUGAUGAAGGUUGGAUGGGCGAUGGGAUCACUGGAUAGGGUAUAUACAUGCAUGGAUAGCAUUGUUGGGAUGGACAGGACAGGACAGGAGAGAAUAUCUCUUCAAGGGAAGAUUGAUAAGGAAGAAGGAAGAAGGAACUUCGGGGCGCAUCAGAUUACCCCUUCUUUUCUUUCUUUCUUCACAGUUACAGAAUGAAAGGUGAAACAGACACCUCACUAGGAAGGGAUUUACAUAUGGGGGUUGAUAGGAUUUAUUUGGAUUGUUUAUUUAUUUAUCUAUUUUGGGAUGGAUGGGUUGUGUGUGUAUAAUUUUGAGGAGGAUGAAUGAUGGUCGUUUGUGGAUUUUGUCUUCUUGUUUUCCUGCAAGGGAUUGUUCUGGAUAGGAUUUUUUGGUCUUUUGUUUCUUGAUGAUUUUAUGAUGAAUAUACCCAAGGUUAUUAGUGAGAGGAAAGAAAAGGAAGGAAAGGGAAGAGUAGUUACUUUAAGCAUUCGCUUAGAUUAUUAGUAUGUUGGUGUAUUGGGAUAACUAGUUAGUUGAGAGAUUGAUGAUAAUCUUGAAUUUAUAUCAAGUCUGUUGUUUAUAUAUAU